AUGGUAGGCAUGGAUGGAAACCCCAUCAACAGCCAGAUCUAUAUCGAAGAUCUGCCAAAGCAAAAAGAGCAGGAUAUGGAGACCCAAGACAUGUAUCGCAAUAUGCUGUACGUUUACAGGAAUCAACGUGACAAAUUCCAAAGGAUAAGAAAUGACGGCAACAUGGCACUAGGACCUGACCAAUGGCACAAAUUAUACCCUAUUGCCAGUGGAGAUCAUCAGUCUCCUAUUGAUAUCAAAACCAAAGAAGUAAAAAAAGACCCAUCUCUAGGGCGUCUCCAGAUCACUUGGAAUUCAGGCACAUGUAAAGAAAUCAUCAAUGUUGGACACUCCUUCCAUGUGAAUUUUGAAGACAAGGAUAAUCAAUCAGUGGUGACUGGUGGACCCUUGACUGGAAGCUACAGGCUGCGUCAGUUUCAUUUUCACUGGGGCCCAGUUGAUGAUCGUGGUUCUGAGCACACAGUGGAUGGAGCCAAAUAUGCAUCAGAGCUUCAUCUGGUUCACUGGAAUUCAGAUAAAUAUUCAAGCAUAGCUGAGGCUUCAGAUAAGCCAGAUGGUUUGGCAAUUGUCACUGUUUUUCUGAAGGUUGGUCCCCCCAAUGAAAAACUACAGGAAAUUGUAAAGGCUUUAGGUGCAGUAAAGACCAAGGGAAAACAAGCUCCAUUCACUAAUUUUGACCCGUCAACCCUACUUCCUAAAUCCAUGGAUUACUGGACCUACAAUGGCUCUCUGACUCAUCCUCCCCUUUAUGAGAGUGUUAUCUGGAUUAUCUUUAAGGAACCUAUUACCAUCAGCUCAGAGCAGCUGGCCCAGUUCCGGAGCAUCCUAUCUUCUGCUGAAGGUGAAACACCUUUUCCCAUCUUGACCAAUCAUCGACUUUGUCAGCCACUGAAGGGCAGAGUAGUGAGAACCUAA